AUGGCGGAUUAUUAUAAAUGUUUUCAUGAAAUUAGGGCAAAAGUACAAACAAACUAAUGAUGCCCUAAUGAAAAUGAAAUCUCUGCAGUGGGUUUUAGGGGCCACGUAGACAUGAGUUACAAAAGCUCUGAGUCUUUAGCCCUCCUGCCUCUUCAACAGCACUUUACGACAAUAACAGAGAUCGUGAUGCGCAAUUUAAGAUCCUCUGUUUCUCACAGCAUGCUCGUUACCGUACGCACUCAUAGGAUAUAUGUAGUUGCUUGUGUAGAUAUAUACUGCAUAUGCAUGUAUAAUUAUUAAUAACAACAUUUUCAACGUGAUAUUCACAAUCCAUAUAGAGUUAAUAACUUAGUAUAUUGCGUAGUUCGUUGAACUGUUUAAUUAUUCGUAAGAAAGUUCAGAAAUCGUAUAAAACUCGUUUAAGUGACUGUUAAAAUAUGUUUGUAAUUUAUACAAAUCUCUUGCAAAAGGUCGCUAUAAUACAUGAUUAGUCAUGACUUAUAAUGUAUGAUGUAUUUCAUUAGUCCACAAUAUAAAUUUAACUACUCAAACAGAAAGGAGCGGAAUUUUUCAUUAACCGGGUUUAUGUAGGAUCAGUUAGUUUGGUUAGGCAACUCCCUAAAAGAUUCUAAAACUUCGAUAUGCAAUCUCAUUUUCAAAGUAAUAGUUAUUUAACUGGUCUAACAGUUUGGUUGUUCAUAUGGUAUUUCUUUGCACGUUCUGUAUAUUGCUCGUGAAUCCGAGAAAUCAUGGGAUCUAUACAAACAACUAUACUAUAUAUCUAGCCUAGCAACUUUUGAGAUCCGAUUUCUAAAUUUUAAUUUUAUAUGAGCGAAUUCUAGUCGACCGUAUCUUUAGACUUUAGAUCCCGUUUCCCAUAGAACUUUUAGCUCAUAUGAAAAUCGAAUAAUUCGUCAACUUUUACUUUAACCAAAAAAUCUCCCAGUAUCUUUUAUAAUCAAAUUGCUAUUUGGUAGAACAGUGAGAUUGUAUGAGAGUUGGGUAUUGUUCCUUUUCAACUGAAAAGGUCAUAUUCAUUAACCAACAACCUAUACUGAAACAAAUCUCUUGAAACUUUAACGAAAAAUAUAAAUUGUUAAUAUAGUGUAUGCUUGAAUUACUACGGGGGAUGGAAUACUUAACAUUUUCAUAACUACAUCAGUCACACUUUGUUCUACACACUAUAUUUGAUAGAUAAUAAUCUAUUGAAAAGAUCAGCGGUACAUAUACAACCAAUAGUAUAGCUAUUGUCUAGUGAUAUGUUUGUUUUACAUUUUGUACAAAACAACUAUUUUCACUAUGGUGAUUUCGUUAAUUGUUCACAUGAUGGUUGUCAUUGAUCAUUAUAUAGUCUUGAUCUUUAAUCAUUCAUAUUUUUUUAAAUCGAAGAUCUGUGAUUAAGUCUGAAAAACAAAACUCAUUUAGCAUCUAGUUAAUUAUGAUAUUACAAUAUAUAAAAAUAUAUCUCAUAUGAGAAUUCACGUUUGAUUAUACCAUUUUCAGCCGACUUUUAACAUCCACGCCAAACAAUAUUCCUUGCACAAUGCUAAGAUGUCUUGUAAUUUUUUUUUCCAUGAUAUACAUAGUUUUGCUUUUUUUAGGGUUUGAAUCCUAGACAUUCUAGUGUAGGAUCAUUAAUAAAUUUUUAGUCAAACCGGUAGACUAAGAGCAUUUCUAAAACAACACUCUAUUUUUAAAUUUGCAAAACUUCAUAUUUGAGGUUUAAAGAUAGUUUUUUUCCAAAAUCAAAACUUCAAACUUAAUUUCAAAAAU